CUCUAGGCUGCCACACAUCUCUCUCUAUAUAUAUCUGACAUGCUCCCUUCAGAGAGCAGGCUGGAAGCAGCGAUUGCAGACACAGCCAGGCUAUUGAGAUCAAGGAGACAAUGGAAAUUGUCACACAAGAAGCUCUGCUCCGAGCACCAGCAGUGGACUACCAUGCCCUGGAUCCGGAGUUUGUGGGCUGCCCCUGCUGUGGCUGCUGCGACUGCUGUGGCUGCGACUGCUGCUCCUUGCCCGACUGCUGCCGCUCCUGCCCCACCUGCUGCGGCUGCUGCCCCAACUGCUGCCCCAGCUGCUGCCCCCCCAGCUGCGCCUGCUGCUGCCGCUGGUGCUGCUGCCUGCCCAGGCUCCUCCUCCACCUGCCCAAGAUGCCCAGCUGCCCCGUGCACAUCAAGAGGCUCCUGAUCAUCGUGGUGAUCGUCGUCCUCAUCGUGGUGAUCAUCGUGGGGGCUCUCCUGAUGGGCCUGUAUGUCACCCAGGCGCACACGGAGGCGGUUUUGCAGAUGACCAUCGAGGGCCUGGAAGGAGGAGACUCGCAGCUGAACCUCUCUGUCAAUAUGGAAGAAGCGGCCACUUUCUAUGUCAAGGACCAGACUAACGACCCAGCCACAGUCAUUUAUGACUUCGGCAAGUUGCUGAUUGGCUACAAACCCUGGCCCGGACAAGCCUGCUAUGUCACCAGGAUGGACAAAGGGAAUAUCCAAGGACUGGACACGAUCCUCAAGGAAUUCCAGACUGCUCUGAGGGAGAAGGAGGCAUUCCUGACAACUCUGGUUGAUCGCUCCAUCUUGGGCACAACAUUUAACAUCCUCUGCAGUCAAGUUCCAGUCUUUCAGACUUAGUGAGGUGAGUGAUGAAGAAAGGUGUGGAUUCAAGAUUUGAGAUG